GAAUGGGUGCUACCGAUAAAACUUCUAUAUGUAGCGUUUGCUACAAUUCUACUUCAGAGUAUCCACUCGUCACUGAUUCUUGCACUCAUGAACUUAACAUUUGUCGUGAUUGUGUUACGAAACAUAUCCGGUCUGAAAUUCUCAAAGGAAACAUUACUAUUAUUCAGUGUCCCACUACUAAUUGUGAAGCAACUCUUAGCUAUAAUGAUAUUAAACGAUUAGUCCCAAAAGAUUUAUUUGAGCGUUAUGGUCUAUUCUUGUUACGUCAUGUGAUUCGGCAACUUGAAGAUUUCCGUUGGUGUAAGCGUCAAGGUUGUGGAUGGGGUCAGGAGCAUAGUUCAGGAGAUGAAGAGCCAAUCAUGACUUGCCAUGCAUGUACGUUUAAAACAUGUUUUACGUGUGAUGUACCCUGGCACGAAGGAAUCACUUGCGAACAAUUUAAAGAAACCCUUGAGAACGAUCCUCACGGUGCAGCCAAUAAAGCUUAUCAUGAUCAACAUACUAAACAAUGUCCUAAGUGUGAAUGGCCUAUAGAGAAGAAAGAAGGGUGUGAACACAUGACUUGCAUAUGUGGAUACGAAUUUUGUUGGUUGUAA